AGUGAUAUGGUGAUAAUGGCAUAUCAAGUGUUGUUAGUUUUUAUUUUAGCAAUAAUUUGUGUAAGGACUGAGGAAGAGGCUUCGUCGUCGUCGUCUGCUUUACGGAUGUCGAAGUUGGAAAGAAUAGAACUAAGGGAAGAAGCCAGGCGCAUGUUCUACCACGCUUACAAUGCAUACAUGGACAACGCAUACCCUGCUGAUGAACUUAUGCCACUCAGUUGCCAGGGAAGGUGGAAAGGUGUUACACCAAGCAGGGGUGAUAUGGAUGAUGCGCUGGGCAAUUUUUCUUUAACACUGGUGGAUAGUUUGGAUACACUGGCGGUUAUGGGCGACUUCUCGGAGUUCAGUCGAGCGUUGAAACUCGUCAUUAAAGACGUCACUUUUGAUAACGACAUCGUUGUUUCCGUUUUCGAAACUAAUAUCCGGAUGCUUGGAGGUCUCCUGUCUGCCCAUGUACUGGCGAUGGCGUUGAAACCUGAUGUCCCUGUCCUGUGGUGGUACAACGGCGAACUCCUAACAAUGGCCGAAGAUUUGGGCAGAAGACUGCUUCCGGCGUUUAAUACCUCCACAGGGAUACCUCAUGGAAGGAUUAACCUGCGACAUGGCAUACGAGGACUCUCGGAAUCGCGGGAGACUUGUACGGCGUGUGCAGGCACCAUGAUAUUGGAGAUGGCUGCGCUAUCGCGGCUUACCGGCAACCACAUCUACGAACAAUAUGCUCAUAAAGCCAUGGACAGGCUCUGGAAAAUUCGGCAUAGAACCUCAGACCUGAUGGGCACGGUUAUAAACAUCCAUUCUGGCGACUGGGUUCGCAAAGACUCGGGUGUGGGUGCGGGCAUCGAUUCGUACUACGAAUAUUGUCUCAAGGCAUAUAUCCUACUCGGUGACGAGAAAUACUUGGCCAGGUUCAAUAGACACUACAACGCCGUCAUGAAGUACAUCAACAGGGGACCCAUCAUGUUGGCCGUCCACAUGCACAGACCACACCUUCAGUCUCGCAAUUUUAUGGACGCGUUGCUGGCGUUCUGGCCGGGGCUGCAGGUGUUACUGGGCGAUGUUCGCCCCGCUGUCGAGACACACGAGAUGCUCUACCAGGUUAUGCAGCGUCAUACUUUCAUUCCAGAAGCAUUUACCUCCGAUUUUCAGGUCCACUGGGGACAACACCCGUUGAGACCGGAAUUCUUGGAAUCCACCUAUUUUCUGCAUCGUGCAACGGGAGACGACCACUAUCUGGACGUGGGAAAGACAGUUCUGAAAGCCCUCCAGCAAUACACUAGAGUACCUUGCGGGUACGCGGCUGUCAAUGAUGUGAGGACUCGUAUUCACGAAGACAGGAUGGACUCAUUUGUACUAGCGGAAACUUUCAAAUACCUUUUUAUGCUGUUUGGUGAGGACAAAGAUUUGCCAUUGAAACUGGAGGAUUAUGUACUGACCACAGAGGCCCACUUCCUUCCUCUAUCAUUGGCUACGACCGGCAAAAACGCUUCAUAUUUGACGUUCAACUUUGACGACGAAGAGGACGACAAGUACAGGAAUUGGAGAACGUGUCCGAACAUGGCGUCAAUGGUGGCGGAGAAAGUGCGUCAACCGAUGCGGCAACUGCUGGGCUCGACGGCUGCGCGGCCGCCGGCACGGCUGCGCCCGCUCAACGACCCUCGACAGAUCCACGCACUCUCCGAUAUGGGCAUCUCCGUGCUCACACUGCCUGACGGUCGUGUGCAACUUCUCUACACUACGACUACGGCAAAAUCUGCGAAGGAUGCAGCAGAAGGUCUAACAUUCAUGCGCGAAAUGUCAAAGUGGAACUCUCUUAAUGACGUGGAUAAUGGCGUAAUACCCGUUGGGGUAAUGCUGAAAGGCAACAUCUUCUCCGCGGGCCCUGCCCAUUUCGGAAAGGAGCUCAGCGGCUCAGAGCGACACAUCGGCACAAUACGCUUUGUAGAGCCAACUGACGCCUGCACUUCUAUCCAAAACCAAUUCGAUGUUGCUGCAAGGUUUGCUGUAGCCGUACGAGGUCAAUGCACUUUUGCACAAAAAGUUCGUAACAUGCAAACUGCUGGCGCCAGGGUGGCCAUCAUCAUCGACAAUGUUCCAGAGUCGUCAGCCGAAAACACGGCCAUAUUUGCUAUGUCAGGUGACGGAAAAGAUGAUAUUGUGAUUCCAGCUGUGUUUUUGUUUUCCCAAGAGGGUCAGUUCUUAAGAGAUAGUGUGAAAGAGGAUCCUGAUGUAGGAGUUAUCGUUGGCGAACUGAAAUCUAUUAAAAAAGAUUAUGGACAUACUUGCGAAGAUGAAACUUGUGAUGGUUUCGAAGGUGCCCUUGAGCCGACUAUUCAGAACAAAGAUUCUUUUGAUCACCUUAAGAAAGUGCUUAGCCAACUCGUGGCACAGUUCGAGCUAUCGCUCUCCACUGAGGAAUCACUUCAGCAGAAAAGCGAUUGUAAAGAGGAGAUAAUCGACGGCGACGUGCAUAUUAUCGAUGACAAGUUUACCAAUGAGCCUGACCGCAGAAGUAUUUGUAAAAAACCAAGGCCACCAGUAGGUCCCAAACCAUUUGGACCCGAUAUCGUAAGCGAAUUUAGGCCAUUAGACGCUUACAAAAAUGCAAUGGAAUCGUUUUAUUCAACAAAAGACAUGGAGUACACAGAAUCAACAGAGGCCGUGAAAUCUUUAGGUGGUAUAAAAUCGGCAGAUUUCGCAGAUACUUCCAAUAAUAUUAACGUAAAACAAGCAGAUACCAAGGUGUCAUCUACGCAUGAUGAAACCAAAUCAACGGAGUCAGAUAAAAAACCAGAUAAGGCCUGACAAAAUGAGACCUUUUUUUGUUACAAAAGGACAUACUGUACACAGGUAGAUGUAGAAGAGACUAAAAGUGAUAAACAUGUGUAAAUCUUGUACAUAAUGUAAAGUGUUAGGUAAGAAGAAGAAUUUUUGUGCCUUUUUGAUAUCUGCAACUGGUUUUUAAUUUAGCUCAACCUUAUUUUAAAUGUAUAUAACAUAUUGUAUUUUUUCCGCAACAUGCAACAAAACGUUUGAUAAUAUUAUAUUCAAUUUUUUUAUUGCCUUUGGUUAUGAAUUAAAUUAAUUUAAGAACAUCUUUGCUUAUUCUUUAAUGUAUAAGUAUUUCUUUUACAGUAAUACAAUUCAAUAGAUAAAAUCAAAUUAAUACAAAUCGUAAUAGUAUUGUUUGCAUUUAUUUGUUGGCGUUCAUGCUG